AUGGCAGACGUCCACCACCCUCAUCUACACCAUGCUGUUCUCUCUACUUUCGCAGCAGAAGGUUUCCAAAAGUCGUCUUCAAACGCUCUCGAGGCUGCCACAGACAUCCUCCAGCGCUACAUGAAGCUCCUCGCGCGGUCAUGUGUCCAGCAAGCGGAGAACGCUGGCAGGUCUGGUGUAUCCUGGUUCGACGUUGUAGGCGCGGUAGAGGAGAUGGGUACCGAGUUGAGGGAGUUGAUGGAGUGGGCUGAAGUUGAGGGCAGGGUGGAUAGAAGAGUGGUCAACGAAGAGGAUUUAUUACAAGAAUGGGAUGGGCAUGUCGAGCAUGGACUAUACCACGACCCAACAGACAAUAUACCCUUCAUAUACGGUAUACCCUUAACACCCGAAUCCGCAGCGCCCACGCCAUCCUCAUCAGUGCUCUCAUCACCGACGCCAUCUCCAAAACCAGAGCACAUUCCCCUCUCUCCCGUCUCCCUCUCCCCUCCUUCCUCCCCACCUCCCCGUCGUAUAAAAUGGGAACCACCAUCCUACGUGCCUGACUUCCUUCCACCCCUCCCGGGGGUGGUCGUGCAAGAACCCGAACCGGAGGUAGAAAUAAAUGGGACGAACGCAGAGGCAGACGAUUUCGACGACCUCUUUGCCCUCCCGCAUGAGCUAGAAGAAAAGAAACCCUCUGUCGCCCCUCCUACCGCUCCGACCCCGCAACCCAUCGCCUCCUUCACCAUCCCUACCCCGUUUGCGGCAUCGGCCUAUGCCGAUCUCCCGCGCUCUCUCCUCCCCUCCUCCCCACGCACAACCCCUCCCCCAGAACCGCAGGCCAUGAACCCCCUUUUCAUCAGUGCGAUGCAGAUCCUCCGCACAGACACGCACGGCGCAGCUAGUCUGCCCGUCUCCCCGCCCGCCGCACACGCGCUCAGCGGGCUCAUCUCAGGCAUCGCUUCACGGCGAUACGAUGCGCCUGACACCUUAUUCGGGGGGACAGACUCCCCCUUCGCCCGACAUGCAGCACCCACCCCGACCCACGUCGUACCACACAACCCAGAUUCCCGGCUCCCCCUCCCACCGGCAACGACAAAGUCCCUCUGCCUCACCCGGGCACCCGCAACUCCCGAACCUCCCUACCUCUGCCCUAUGUUCCCCACGCUGACGCAGGCCGUCCUCCCCCUCCCUAUUUACACCCGGCUGGAGCGCGUCCCUCCCCCCCCGCUGCUGCAGAACAACGACCAGUUCCUGUACGGUCCCCCCAGGCCGGCACUAUGGAACGGGCACGCGCACGCGCCUGUAGGUGCGAACGGGGAGAAGGAACCCAGGGUCGAGGAAGCCACCCUGCGCGCUACGUGGGAGGUGAACUCGCGGGAUUAUAGGGAGAUUUGGGUGGCUAAGAAGGGGCGGAUGGCGCUGACGCACCAUGCGCUCAAAAGGGAGUGGAGUGGGAGUGGUUCACCUCUGGUGCAUAUGUUCUAA